AUGGAUAUUCCAAGUUUUUGUUGUUAUAAAGAAUGUGAUACUUGUCAAGAUGCACCUUCAAAUUCUACAAGAAAUAAUUCAUUACUUAAUACCUGGAAUUCGAUUGAUCCUAUUACUUGUAGUAGUAAUAAAUAUCUAUCCACUGAUGGUAGUUCAUUAUGUAAAGAUAGUUAUCAUUGCUAUUAUGAGAGUAGUUAUCAAGUAUGCUCAAAUUCCAGAUCAUCAUCCUCUUCGUCUUCAUCAUGUAAAACACAAUGUGAUUGUACAUUAUGGGUGUGGGAUGUUAGAUGUAAAAUCAUAUGUCCAUUUUGCUACACAGUAGUAAUUGAAGUAAAAUAUGAUAUAUCUCAAGGUAUCGAGAUUUCUAAUGUUAUGAAUUUUUUCGAACAGGACAAGGAUACUUCAGAAAUUUACAUGAAAGGAUAUUCAUUAACAAUACCAGUAAAAUGUUUUUAUAAUCCAAAGAAUCUUUUGAAUGUAUUUUUUGAUGUUAAUUAUAUUGUGAAAAUAUGGGCAAUUGUUGGAUUAGUUACUUUUUUGUUUUAUUUGUCUUUAGUAGUGAUAUCUGCUCGUUUAUCAGCAGAAUAUCUUUCAGAUAUCCCAAAUCAUUGGAUAAAUUUUUUUGUAUGCUUUUGGUUCGGUACUAUACCAUCAAUAAUUUUUAUAUCUGUUUUACAUAGUCCCGGUGUGAACACAAAAGCUUU